CUGCAACUUCAGGACUAAACCAGAGUUAAAUUCUGUUUUACAAAUGUGGAGGCUGAAAUUUACAUGAAUUUAGAAUAUUCUGGUUCCAGCUUUAAAAUUUCUUAUUUCUGGCUUCUUUUUGGUUUUUCGAGACAGGGUUUAUCUGUGUAGCUAUGGAGCCUAUCCUGGCACUCCCUCUGUAGAAAGUCUGAGCUUGCACAUUAGGUAUGGAAGGCAUACCCAUGGUGCCUGUGACUGGAGUGAAUUAGACAGUAGUAAAUCGGCAUUGGCUGUGCUAUAAAAGCAAGUGGUGUGGAGCUUAAUCCUACCUUUAAGUCCAGUAAAACAUUCCAUGUUUUAAAUUCUAGUUAGCAUGGUUAGACGUAUUUACAUUAUAAUUAGAAGGCUUUGGCCUACCAAUUCUGCCAGAAAGACUAGUCCAGCCACCCACCUCCUUGUCCUGUAAGAAUUUGGGAAUAAACUGGUUGAGUGAUUUGUGAGAUUGGGUGCUGUAGACUGUUUUGUUAUUAUUUCCUCACCCUUCUAGGUAUUUGUCGUUUGUUUAUUCCUUGUAAUGCAGUGUUAUCUGAAGUGGCAGAGCCUCCCUCCCUUUAGGAAUCUUUUCAGUGCCAAACAGUGGCUUGCCUUGAUUGAGGGGUGGGAGCCUGUGUAUUUUUAUUAUUACUAUAAUUUAUAAUUAUCUUCUAAAGUAUGUCUUAACAGUGUUAGUUUCGUGAUGUAAUUCCUACCUUGCCCCUCCUUGGGUCCUAAUUAAUUUGAGUUACAGUGUCCGAAGAGCCAAUCUUGCUGAAAGGGGGGUAGCGUGUGGUAUGUACACCACUUCUGGUUGAGACCUGGUGUUUAAUGUUUGAAAUUGAAUGUUGAAGAGGUUUCAGCUGUAAUAGAACUGAGUUAGGAUAGGUAUACUCUUUAGACUCCUCGUUAACUGCUCAGAAAGAUUGGGCCAAGUGUGGUGGCAUACCUCUUUAAUGCUGGCAGAGAUAGAGACCAGUAGACUCCUUUCUGAGUUCCCGGUCACCUGGGGGCUACACAGUGAGGCCCUGUCUAAAAACAGAAUAUUGGGAAUCAAGUCAGUUUUGUGAAGGAAGGCAUGUGCUUGGGCCACUCCAGGUUGGUGGGUAGUGACAUGAGCCUCUAGUCCCAGCUAUUUGGGAAACUGAGGCAGGAGGAUUGUAAAUUAAAGGCCAGCCUAAGGGUGGGACUGUGUCAAAGAGAGGGCUGUGGUAAUAGUGACCUUGCCUGUCAUGUGUGAAGCCCUAGGCUUAAUCCCCAGUAGCAGAAGGAGGGUGUGGGCCUGUGCUCCCCAUUUAGAGAUGAGCUAGUCUUAGACUAUUUGCCCCACCUUAAAAUGGUUUGUUUUUGUAGAACUCGGGAAAUGUGGGAAACAAGGAGGUAGUCCACUUAAUCACUGAAAUAUGUACAGGGAAAGUUGAUACUGCUUGUCACCUUUUUCUAAUCCUGUGUGGUGACCUUCAUUCUCUGAUUCAAACCUCCGUUGUUUUGAGCAUGUUACCAACUUGGGCUGCACAAACUCACCUUUUCCCCUCCCUUUAUCUCCUUUUUUAUUUUGGUUUUUAUUUUUGCUUUUCUCCAGCUGUGCUUCCUAUGUCUUCAGCCUUGAAUGUUACUGCUGCUUUAGGGCAGCCUGGACUUCCCCCUCCUUGCUCCCUGGCCUCCCAACAGAGCCCUCUAGUAACGGCUAAUCAGCCUUCCCCAUUCCCUUCGUCUAGUAUUUCCUCAGCCCCUUUUGAAGUUCCCUUUCCCCAGCCCUCUUCUGACACAGCUGUACCUCUGGGAGCUGCCCCUCAUACUCCAACUUUCCUACCACACCUGAUAGGGCCUCCUAUCUCCCCAGCUGCCUUAGCUUUGGCCUCUCCCAUGAUAGGUGCAGCUCAGAAAGGUGCCCGGUCCUCUUCAGCCCCGUUGUCUCUGGUUGCAGUGGCUCCCCACUCAGUUCAGAAGACUCACCCUCCUGCCUCACCUUCAUCAAUUUCUGUGGCAUCUAUUGCUUCCUUAGAACCAAAGUCCUCUGCUAGUCAAGUUCCCUGUCAGGUAUUCCCAAAUAUGAAAGAUGCUGCCCCAAGUCCUCCAGGUGUAGUCGGUAUUUUUCCUUCCUCUCCUGAAACCUCACUGGCCUGUGUUCCACCUGGACUAGCAUCCUGUCCUCAGACACUAUCCAUCACUCCAACUGUCACUUCUCCAGUCAAGGUCAUCCCCAUUUCCUCAGCCCUGAUGCCACAAAAUACGCUAAGCCCUAACCUAAAGAGACCUGAUAGUAGUUUCCUUGCUCAGAACACUGUGGCUCCCAACGUCCUCCCAGUAGCCCCCACUUCUCUGUGCUCACAUGUUCCAUCUUCACAUCGAAGUUCUUCAGAUUCUCCUAUCCAACCUUUACGUCAGUCAGGUCCUGGUGCUCUGUCAGACCCUACAGUGAGUGAUGCCAUUUCUGUAGAUCAUUCUGCUGUUGAGGCCUCUUGUCCAUCUGAGAGGUCUGUCAUUCCCCACCUUUCUUCUUUCCAGACAGGCUUCCUUCCCUCCAGACACGAGCUGGUUGCUGAUUCUGUGGCAGCUCUUUCAGUGGGGGCUUCAGCUUCUACCCCAGCUCCGUCUGUUGGCAAAGGCACCCCUGCUCUUACUAGUGUACUCUGCAGCCCUCCUAGCUCCUCAGCUGUAGCUACUACAUUAUCUCCUACAGCCUCUCUCAUUCCCAAAGGUUCUUCUAAUGCCACCCAUCAGCCUUUGGUGCCUCCAAUUCCUACUUCUCAAAAAACUGACUUGAAAGAAACCCCAGUCUCAGGUGUUGGAGCCAUCCAACCUGCUAUGGAUAACCCUUCCACCAUUUCUGUUGCACCUGCCACUUGUGUGUCUCCUUCAGUUUCGUCAGGUAAAGACCCAGCUACUAUCUCACUUGUAGCACCUGCUGUUUACAAGCAGUUUCCUGCUCCUCCAGUAUCACCUACUCUAGGCCUACCGGCCACUGAAGGCCUUAAAAAUCUCCCCACUCCAGUAUUGGUAAAUGUAGGAGCCCCUGUUUCUCCAGCCCAGGCUGGACGCCCUGCCAGAAGAGACCCCACUCUACUACCCUUGUCCCUGACAGUGCAAAAAGAGAUUCCUUCUCCUCAGAGUGCCUCCCCUGUGGAGGAGCUUGCCCCUAUAGUGAAGGCGGCCAUUGCUAGUAGUUCUUCCCCCAGUACUGAUGCCUCAGCUGCAAUUGUCAGGGCAGACCCUGUCAGCCUGUCUCCCAAACAUUCUGUCACUGCCCCAACGAUGGCUCCGGGUUUCUUAGAGUCUUGUGAUCCUGAAGAGCUGGCUCCUAGAGCUGCCAAAGGCACCUCUCCUGCCACAUCCACCACUUCACCUCUUGUUCCUUUAGCCUCUGAAGGUUGUCCUAUGGUUCCAUCUAUGGCUUUUCCCCUCGAGUCUGUUCCCUUUCAUGCCCCUCCCCCAGCUGGGAUUUCUUUUUCCGGUGCAAAGAAAGGUGAUGGUGUUUCCUCUGUGGCAUCCCUGCCCUCCUCUCCUGAAGGGCACCCUGAAGACUUGGGUGCUUCUGUGUCUUCGAAAGGAACUCUGGCUCAUCCAGCUGGUUGUCCAUCUUUGGAGACAGGUGUGUCUCCUCAGACUAAAGGGCCUUCUCCCAAGAAGGACUCUGCUCUGCCAGGUGUUUCUCCUGCAGAUCUGUCUCUUUCUACACCUGAGGCUUCCUUCCUUCCUGGGGCUAGUCUUUCUUUUCAAGGCCCUAAAGACCCACUUAACCUUUCUCCCAUUCCUCCGUCCUCCAGAGGGGCCUCUGCUGCCCCGACUGAGACUUCUGUGUCCCCCCAAAAGACCCCAGCAACCUCAUUCCUCAAAGAUGCCCACACUGUCCCAGCAGAAAUUCCUCUUUCCCCCCAAAAGACCACAGAUACUAUAGCUUCCAAACUGGACUCAGUAACCCAGCCCCACAGUGUGCCCCCAAUUGUACCAGAUGUGACUCCCUUGUCUCCCAAAAAGACGCCAACAACUCCAGUUUCCAAAGAUACUUCAGCAGCCCUAUGGCUCGAGAGUGUCCCGGCUGUGACUUCCUUGCCUCCCCAAAAGGUACCUACAGCCCCAUCUCUUACUGGAACCCCCAUUGUUCCUACUGAGAGUUCCUUGUCCCUGAAAAAUGCCCCAGCAACUGCAACCCUCAAAGAGACUUUAGCAGCCUCACCUCCCAAAGUUGCCACUAUCCCAGCUGUGACUUCUCUCUCCCCAGAAAAGACUCCAAAAUCAAUAUCCCCUAAGGGUGCCCCAGAUAAGCCCUCCAAAAAGGCUCCUGUAGCUUCCAGAGUGUCGCCACCCAAGUUCCCCACAGAGGCUCCAUGUGUACCAGCUGUGGCUCCUCCCUCUCCACCAAAGCCUACAGCAACUGAGGCAAUCAGUGAGGUUCUAACAGGCCCAUAUUCCCCCAAAGGGGCCCCUGCUACCCUAGCUGAGGGUCCUUCCUCCCCUAAAAGGGCUUCAAAAACUGCAGCUCCCAAAGAAACUCCACCCGAGGGGGUCACAGCUGUGCCACUAGAAAUAACUCCCUCCCCAAAAAAGACCUCAAAAACUAUAGCCCCCAAUGAACAUGCAACCUCAUUCUCUAAAAAGUCACCCAAAAAUGCAGCCCCCAAAGAAACUCCAACCCCUUCAGACAGUGUAACCACUGCAUCACUGGAGAUUCCUCCUGUACCUAAAAAAGCCCCCAAAACUGCAACCCCCAAAGAAACUCUAGCAACCCCGUCUGUAGGGAUCACAGCUGUGCCACUGGAGAUUUCUCCCUCCCCCAAAAAGGCAGCAUCCCCCAAUGAAAAUUCAGCUCCAUCCCCAAAAAAGUCUCCCAAGAUUACAGCUCCCAAAGAAACUCCAACCCCACCUUCUAAAGGAGUCACCACUGCUUCCCUGGAGAUUCCUCCUUCCCCCAAAAAGGCUCCCAAAACUGCAGCUCAGAAACAGGUUUCUGUGACCCCAUCUCCCAAAGGUGCCCCUGCUACCUCAGCUGAGAGUCCUGCCUCUCCUAAAACUGCAGCCCCCAAAGAAGCUCCAGCAGCCCCAUCUCCAGAAGGCAGCUCGGCUGUGCCUCUACAGAUUGCUCCCUCCCCUAAAAAGGCUCCCAAAGAAAAUUCAGCAAAGUCAUCCCCUAAAAAGACGCCCAAAACUGCAGACCCCAAAGAAACUCCAAUUACCUCUUCUGAAGGGGUCACCACUGCACCACUGGAAAUUACUCCUUCCCCCAAAAAGGCCUCCAAAACUGCAGCUCCCAAAAAAACUCCAGCAACCCCAUCUCCCGAAGGCAGCCCAGCUCUGCCACUAGAGAUUACUCCCUCCCCCCAAAAGAUCUCAAAAACAGCAGCACCCAAGGAAACUUCAGCAGUGUUGUCCCCCAAGAAGUCCCCCAAAACUGCAGCCCCCAAAGAAACUCCAGUCACAUCUUCUGAAGAGGUCACAACUGCACCACAACAGAUUUCUCCUUCCCCUCCAACUGCAGCCCCCAAACAGGUUCCUGUGACCCCAUCUCCCAAAGGUGCCCCUGCUACUUUAGCUGAGAGUCCUGCUUCCCCGCAACAGGCCCCCAAAACUGUAGCCCCCAAAGAAACCUUGGCAACUCCACACCCCCAAAGGACCUCCAAAACAGCAGCCCCCAAAGAAACUCCAGCAAUCCUAACUCCCGAAGGCGUAACAGCUGUGACACUGGGAACCCCUCCCUCCCCCCAAAAGGCCUCAAAAAUUGCAAGUUCCAAAGAAACUUCAGCGAUGUCAUCCCCUCAAAGGUCCUCCAAAACAGCAUCCCCAUCGUCUAAAGGGGUUGUAGUUGUGCCACCUGAGGCUGCUCUGUCCCCCAGAAAGGCCCCUAAGAUGUCAGGCCCCAAGGAAACGCCCACAGUCCCAUCUCUUGAAGGGGUCACAGCUGGGCCACCAGAGAUUUCUUCAUCUCCCAAAAAGGCCCCCAAAAUGGCAGGCCCCAAAGAAACGCUGGUAACCCCAUCCUCCAAAAAGCUCCCCCAAACUGUAGGCCCUAAAGAAAUUCCAGCAAAACCUCCCUCCCCCAAAAAGACCUCAAAAACUGCAGCUGCAGCCCCCAAGGAAACUUCAACUCCAUCUUCUAAAGGAGUCACUGCUGUACCACUAGAAACUGAUUCCUUUCCCCAAAAGGCCACUAAAACAGCAGGACCUAAAGCACCAGCAGUGUCCCCUGAAGGGGUCACCACUGCACAGAAGAAUCCUCCCACCCCCUUGAAGGCCUCAGCAACUCCAGCCUCCAGAGCCAUUCCUGCUGACACACAGGGGGCUGCUGUCUCCUCCUCCCGUAAGAAGGCCCCAGUGCCUGUAGCUCUCACAGAGGCUCCAGCAGCCCUGUCCCCCAGUGGUGUCCCAGCUGUGAUUCCUCCCUCUCCCUCAAAGAGUCCCAAAACACCAUCAUCUAAAAAGGCACCAAGAACUUCAGCCCCUACGGAAUUUCCAGCAAAUCCUUUUCUUGAAGUUGUCACCACUUCACUGCCAGAAAUGGCUCCUUCUCUGCAAAAGACCCCGGCAACUGCAGCCUCCAAGGAGGAUUCAGUAACCCCAGCUGCUCCUAUCUACACCAAAAAGGCCCCAGCUCCCUCAUGUCCUGAAAGGGCCCCCAAUGCCCCAGUAACAGUAGCUCCAAGAGAGGCCUCCCCAGUGCCAUCUCCUAAAAAGGCCCCUGUAACUGAGACUUCCAAAGAGAUUUCAACAAGUCCAUCUCCCAAAGUGACCCCUACUAUCUCUUCUGUGGCUCCUAUCUCCCCAAAAGAGGCACCAGCAGUCUCAGCCUCCCAGAAGGCUCCAGCCCCCAAGGAAACCUCAGAGUCUUCCACCUCCAAAGGAGUUCUUUCCCCCACAGUUAACUCUCCUUCAGCUCCAAAGAAGGCCCUAUCCUCCAGCAGGGCCUCUGCUCUCCCAGCUGUGACUCUUCCCUCUCUUAAAGAGGCUCCCAUUCUCUCACCCAUCACUCCUUCCCCUAAAGACUCUCCUACUUCCCCAGUGUCAGCCACAUGUAGCACAGGGACUGUUAGCCCUCAGGUGUCUGAAAAGCUCCCGGCAAAGAAAGAUCCUACAACUCUCAAAGAGGUACUUGCAACACCCACUCCAGAAAGUGCAUUGGCCAUCACUGCUCCCAUUCAAAAAGGCUUAAGAGCCAAGAACUUGACUUCACCUCCUAAGUGCUCAGAUCCCUCUGCUAAGAAAGAUACCAAGGGCCCUCUUUCUGCAGUAGCUCUAGCCCCUCUGACAGACCCUGUUGAGAAAGACUCUUCAAAAACUACAAAAGCUCUUCCUGAUAGCUCUACAAAAGGCAAAGAUUGUCUUCAUUCCCCAAAGGGUCCUGUGAGUGCUUCUCCUGGGUCUCAGGUAGCUACCCCUUUGGCAGCAGUUAGCUCUAACAAAGCCCAUCCUGAAGCAGGGUCAGCAUCUGUGCUUCCAAGGCCUACCCCACCAGCUUCCCUGACUCUUGCUCCCUCCCCAGUCCCCCCUCUGCUUCCUAAACAGCCAUUUCUUCAGCCCUCACCUGGGUCAGUGCUGGAAUCAGCCUCUAAGCUCCCAGCCCCUGCUGAUGAGGAUGAGCUGCCGCCUCUGAUUCCCCCCGAAGCAGUCUCUGGGGGAGUGCCUUUCCAGCCGGUCCUCGUCAACAUGUCCACCCCUAAACCUGCUGGGAUCCCUGCCCCAGCCCCCUCUGCCAAGCAGCCUGUUCUGAAGGACAACAAGGGUAUUUGCCUUGGUUUGCUGUGUGCAUGGUGUGUUGCCCACACCCCUCUAGGGGCUGCCCACCAAUACUAACUAGGAUGCGUCGCUUUGUAUAGUAUGUCUGCUUGAGGGUGGGCAUAGUACAUAGUGUAGAAGCUCUAGGAAUAUGGAACUAAAUCUUGGUUUCUGUCAUCUCAGAUAAUAAUCUGUGUCUUGUGUACAUCGAUCCAGGCUAAGCCCUGGACCUAACCAUCCUUUUUGGCCUAACUGAGCUGAUAGUGAAAACCAAGACCUACCAGGCCUUUAAUUUCACUCUAAUUCUGACUGCAUCACUAACCUUGUCCCUGGGCCUGGAGUUUGCUAAAUAAAUAUAUGGGAGGUCUGGAAGCUGUCUCUUUUGUUUUACACUUUAGACUUAGUAACUACCAGUUGCCCAGGGACUUCCUUUUCUUAAAAAUGUAGAACCUGUUUUUCCUGAGAAUGGUGUGGUGUCUGCUUUCCUCCCCUUUGAGUAGAAUUGACUGGUGCUUGGCCUUUCGGUUGAAGGAAAGUUGAGAUACGUGAAUUGUAUUGGGAGUGGGGGGAUCAUGGGUCUGUGUCUAAUCGAGGUGAGAACUGUAAGCUUAAUAACACGGGGGCUUUCCAGAGAUAGGUUAAAUUUUGUCAGUGAGUCACUUGAAAGGCAGAAUGUGUGUGUGUGCACAGCUGCUUCUGACUUCCCAACCCACUUAGGGUUCUCACUUAAUUUAUCAAAAGAUGCCUUUUGUCUCAAUGUUUUGGAAUUACAUUGGUGUUGGUGCCAAGAAAUGAAGGCCUUAAGAGAAAGGUGGCAGUUACUACACAUAAGCUACCUAGCUGUGUCUGGUGACUGUCCACAUCUCUAAGACUGGUUCUUCGGUGGAGUCCUAUAAGUUGGAGACCUCAGGCUGAGUCAUGGAAGCCAGUUGACUUACAUUUAUUUAGCUUUGUAAGGCCUUGCGUAGAACAGAGAUAGCUAGUUCAUUCAGUCACGCUAUGAUGAGAUAUCACUUCUUAAAAUUCCACUGUUGAAAGUAAUAAAAGUUAUCUGUCA